AUGACGGUCUCAAUUGAAAGAUAUCCCCGAAUAAUAAUCCAAUAUUGUAAUAAAUGCAAGUGGCAGAAUAGAGCAGUAUGGUAUUUACAAGAAAUCCUACAAACAUUCCCUGAAGAAAUUCAAGAUAUUUCCUUACAGCCGAUUUUAGACCAGCCGGGGGUAUUUCAAAUUGUGUUGGUAACAUCAAACUCCGCCAGUGAGAUCAUAUACAAACGGAAAUUCAAAUCCAAAGAAUUGCAAGAAAAGUAUGCUGAUGAAGGCGAGGAAAAAUAUACAUAUGACGGUUUCCCCGAUUCAAAGUUUAUUAAAGUAUUAAUAAAGAAUAAGUUGGGAUUGCAAGUUGGUAAACAUAUUGACCGGGGACUGGACUACAAAUUAAACGACGGAACCGCAUGUGUCGAUUGUAGAAAAGAGGAAUAA